AUGGGAGACCCAAAAUCCACCGCCGCCCUCCCCGAGCUACAAUCUCCACCAAAAUCUUCAGCUCCACCGCAACCUCCGCCGCUGCCACCACAACCCUCCUUGACUUCAUCCUCCUCCCUGGUCCCCCCAUCAAAGAGAAAGAAGAACAAAACCAAAGUGUUUCGAGUAUUCCGAUCGGUGUUCCGAUCCUUCCCCAUCAUAACCCCAGCAGCAUGCAAGAUCCCAUCGCUACCGUCGGGCAUAUCAGAAACGCUGCUAACGCAGUCGGGGAGCCGGGUGACGGGGACGCUGUUCGGGUACCGAAAAGGGCGCGUGAGCCUAUCCAUACAAGAGACCCCACGAAGUUUCCCUAGCAUCGUGAUCGAGCUAGCCAUGCAGACCAACGUGUUGCAAAAGGAAAUGAGCUCCGGGAUGGUAAGAAUCGCUCUCGAGUGCGAGAAGAGAACCGACAAGGCCGACAAGACGAAGCUGAUGGAAGAACCAUUAUGGACCAUGUUCUGUAAUGGCAAGAAAAAUGGUUAUGGCGUCAAAAGGGAAGCCUCCGAUGAUGAUCUCAAAGUUAUGGAGCUUCUCCGGGCGGUGUCCAUGGGUGCCGGCGUCUUGCCGGGAAACUCUGACGUGGACGGCCCUGAUGGGGAGCAGGCUUACAUGAGGGCCCACUUCGAACGUGUGGUGGGGUCCAGGGAUUCAGAAACCUUUUACAUGUUGAGCCCGGAGGAGAAUAGUGGUCCCGAGCUUAGUAUCUUUUUUGUAAGAAUUUAA